AUGAGCGCGGAGCUGGACGGCGUGUCCGUGCACUCCUCCUCCUCCUCCUCGUCGGGCUCGCUGGGUUCGGCACCGGGACCGGCACCGGCACCGCGGCCGCUCUCGGCCAACGUGCGGCGGCUGCACCAGGCGCUGACCGCGCUGCUGAGCGAGGCGGAGCGGGAGCGCUUCAUCCUCUGCCUCAACGCCUACCACGGCCGCCGCAACGUCUGCGACCUGGUCCGCUCCCUCCGAGCCCUCCUCGACGGGCCCCGCCGCCGGCAGCUCCUGCCGCUGCUCCGCCUCGUCCUGCCGCGCUCCGACCAGCUCCUCUUCGACCAGUACACGGCCGAGGGGCCCUACCUGCCGCCCCCCGCCCGCCCCCCGCCCGCCCCUGCCCCUCCGGUGGGCCCCGGCGAGCUGCGGCAGGUGACCCUGCGGCGGAGCAAAGCCCACGAGGGGCUGGGCUUCAGCAUCCGCGGCGGGGCCGAACACGGCGUCGGGAUCUACGUGUCGCUGGUGGAACCGGGUUCCCUGGCCGAGCGGGAGGGGCUGCGCGUCGGAGACCAGAUCUUGGGGGUCAACGGCAAGUCCUUGGACAGGGUGACCCACGCCGAGGCUGUCAAGGUACUGAAAGGCUGCAAGAAGCUGAACCUGUCUGUGCACUCGGUGGGACGCAUCCCGGGGGGCUACGUCACCAACCACAUCUACACCUGGGUGGACCCUCAGGGCCGGAGUGUGUCCCCCCCAGUGGGGCUGCCCCACCACCAGCACAGCUCCCUGCGCAAGGACAGUGAGAAGAGGAGCCACCUCCAGCUCCUGCAGGAGGGAGAUGAGAAAAAGGUGAAUCUGGUCCUGAAUGAAGGGAAAUCCUUGGGCCUCAUGAUCCGAGGAGGGGCAGAAUAUUCCUUGGGCAUCUACAUCACCGGGGUGGAUAAAGGCUCCGAAGCAGAGAGCACAGGAUUAAAGGUAGGAGACCAGAUCCUGGAGGUGAACGGCAGGAGCUUCCUCAGCAUCCCCCACGACGAGGCGGUGAAGCUGCUCAAGUCUUCCCGCCACCUCAUCAUGACGGUGAAGGACAUCGGGAGGCUGCCCCACGCCCGCACCACCGUGGACGAGACCAGGUGGAUUGCAAGCUCCCAGAUCGGGGACACCCUCGUCAGCUGCGCAGGGGCAGUGGGCAACCGUGCUGCGGAGGUGACAGCCAGGCCUGUGUUUUACCGGGGUCUGGCUGGCUCCCAGGUUACCCUGAGCAGCAUGGUGAACCAGACCCGAGUCAUGCUGGAGGAGCAGGCCAGGCACCUGCUGAACGAACAGGAACGGGCCACCAUGGGCUACUACCUUGAUGAGUACAAGGAGGGCAACAUCUCUGUGGAUGCUCUGGUCAUGGCACUCUUUGAGCUGCUCAACACACACGCUAAGUUCUCACUGCUUUCAGAGGUGCGGGGUGUGAUCUCCCCGCAAGACCUCGACCGCUUCGACAACCUGGUGCUGAAGAGAGAGAUCGAGUCCAUGAAGGCACGGCAGCCCUCGGGGCCCCUGGCCACUGACUCCUACUCCAUGAUGUCCUACAGUGACACUGUCUCCUCCUCCAGCAGCCACUUCACUGCCACCACCGUCAGCUCAGCCCGGGAGCGGCUCCUGUGGCUAAUAGACCUGAUGGAGAACACGUCAGAAAUGGAGGGAGGUGGAGACAGCCACCAAAGUAGCAUCAACACCCUGCCAGACAUCUCCCUGGAUGAUCUCUCGUCCUUCCCAGAGGAACCACCCAACUUCAAGCCUCCUCCUCCUCCUUCAGCCCCUCAGAUGCUGGACCCCUUUGCUGCCCAGCACAGGAACCCAGGGAAAGAGAAGCCCAAGCGCCUUUCCUCCGAGUCCUCCCAGUCCGGCCUCUUCUUCGUGGCCCCCCGAAACCCCACGCCCCCUCCCAGCCACCCCGAGAAGGACACACUCAGCAUCACCUCCACUGCUACCACAUCCACUGAGGAGUCUGCCCCAAGUGCUAUCUACGCCACCAUCUCCCCAGCCCUGCACAGCUCCAGGAGGCAGAUGGAUGCCCAGCUCUCCUUGGUCAGCCAGCACCCCAUUGGGCCCUUCCCCAGGGUCCAGUCCCCAACGAGGUUGAAGAGCCCGUCCCCAGACAGCCCUGCAGCUGGUGGGCUUCAGAGCACCCCUUCCCCAUCCCCUCCUCCUCCCCCAUCCCACCCAGCUCCCCCUCCACCAGACAAGGGCAGCCCCCAGGCCAUGGCCAACCAGCAUUUCAUCAUGGUGGAGGUUCACCAACCCAACAGCGAGCCUGACGUCAAUGAAGUGAGACCCUUGCCCCAGGCCAGAGCCUCCACGCUCUCCCAGCUGUCGGACAGCGGGCAGACCCUCAGCGAGGACAGCGGGGUGGACAUCGGGGAGGUGGAGAUGGGCAGCAAGGACAAGAGCCGGCAGCCGGGCCCUGGGAAAAGCCGGAGCCUCAAGGAGGCCACAAGGAGCGAGGGGGUGGCAGAAGGGGCCUCCAAGCCGCCAGGGCUCCUGGAGCCCACCUCCUGCCUGAUCCGAGUGUCCAAGAGCGCGCCCACCUUGGGAAUCGCCAUCGAGGGGGGAGCCAACACGCGGCAGCCGCUGCCCCGCAUCGUCACCAUCCAGCGUGGGGGCUCAGCACACAACUGUGGGAAGCUGAAGGUUGGCCACGUCAUUUUGGAAGUGAACGGGACGGGAUUACGGGGCAAAGAGCACCGGGAAGCUGCCCGGAUCAUCGCUGAGGCCUUUAAGCUGAAGGAAAAGGACUACAUCGAUUUCUUGGUCACAGAAUUCAACGUGGCCCUUUAGGAACCCAGACGGGUUUUUGGGGAGCCUGGCUUAGGAUGAGGAGCACCCGAACGGGGAUGAAAGGCAGCACUGAGGUGUGAAAGCAACAUCCCACCAUGCAGAGCCCUCACCCACACGUGCAGACACCUUCAUCUUGUCCCCAAAUGUCCCUACGUGUCCCCACACCCACCACAGACUCUCACUGCCUGGGUAGGUCGGGCUGAGAACGGGCAGAAAUCAAUGCACAUCCUUUGAAGUCUUCAUCCCUGUCCUCUCUGGGGUGGGGGGGUUGCCCUUUGGGGACACCCUCUCCCUCUCUGCCAGGCUGGGGAGCAGGGCAGGAGGACAGCAGAGGUCUGGGUGUCCCCGCUGUCACUUGAGUGCCACAUGCAGAGCAGGCUGGGCCCGUGGCUCAGGCUGGAAGGUUUUUUGAGUGGUCAGUGCUUGUGGGGUGGCAGGGGCAGAGAUGCAGAGAGAGCAACCGGAGGCCUUGUAAAUUGCUGGCAAUGUCGUAUUUAUAUCUACAGAGCUUGUGCUUUUAAUUUUUCAAUAAAUC